GGCGCAUCUAGGAAAAGCAAGAUGGAAAGGGAACAGUUCAGUUCUUUCAAGCGAUACUUCUUUGCAACAUUUUGACUCCCAUUAUCCGGUGACAUUUCUGCUCAAAACUCGGCAUCGCAGUACCUAGUCAUUCAUGCCUUCUCAGUUUGGCUUUUCCACAGAGGGCGCCGACGUUGUCCGCGCCCUGAGGACAAAAGUUGAGGGGAAAACGUUUCUCAUCACAGGCCCGACUCCCGGGAGCAUCGGGGCCGAGACGGCGGCGACAUUGGCCUCGGGCGCCCCAGCAUGCAUCAUCCUGGUCGGGCGCUCUCUCUCGAGCGCACAGGCUACGAUUGAUCGCAUUAGGACCACCGACGAAAACGUCAAGGUCAAGUUCUUCGAGGCAGACCUGUCGUCGCUCGCCGCCGUGCGAAAAGCCGCAGACGCAAUCCUCGCCUCGGCCGACAUCCCCGUCAUCCACGCCGUGAUCAACAACGCCGGCAUCAUGGUGCCGCCCUUUUCCCUGACGGUCGACGGCUUCGAGUCGCAGUUUGCCAUCAACCACCUGUCACACUUUUUGCUCACCAACAAGCUCAUGCCAAGGCUCCUCGCCACCGGCGCUGGCGGCAAGGCCAGGGUGGUCAACGUGUCGAGCAUCGGCAACUGCUACGGCGGCAUCAACUGGGACGACGUGCAGUUCGCCCGCGGCGGGUACACGCCGCAGAGGGCCUACGGGCAGUCCAAGACGGCGCAGGUGCUCUUCACGGUGGCGCUCAACAGGCGCUACGGCGGCGCGCGCGGCGGCAUCGAGUCCUUCGCGCUGGACCCCGGCAGCGUGCAGACGGGGCUGGCCAAGCACAUCACGGCCGAGAUCGCGGCCGACAUGGCGCUCAAGAUCACCGGCAAGAGCCUCGCCGAGGCGCGCGCCGCGCGGCGCAAGACGGUCCAGCAGGGCUGCGCGACGUCGCUAGUCGCGGCCCUGGAUCCGACGCUCGAGGGCGGCAUCUUCCUGGUGGACUGCGAGAUCGCCAACGGGCCCGACGCCGUGGCGCCGUGGUCGCUGGACGAGGCCGCUGCGGAUCGGUGCUGGAAAUUGAGCGAGGAGCUCGUGGGAGAAACGUUUCAUGCCUGACGAGGAAGGAAUGAUGUUGAUUGAAUGGGUCGUGCGAACUCGGUAACGGGUGAAAUGGCUUGGUGGGGGGUUCAAACCUGUGCAUUUAGAAAGGCGUAUGGGCGGCACGACGGAGUCGUGUCCAAUGCGGGAGAUCAAAACUACGUAGUGACGAGGACAGUCUUGAGGUAAUAGUGGAU